AUGCUGAACCGCCGUGGGCCAAUCUCAAAAAUCGUCGGCAGCGCUGUCGAUGCUGCAAAGAAAUUCCAGGGAGAUCAGAAACAACCGUCAACAACGCAAAAAACCAAUAAUGUGCCCAUACAGCCAGUCCAAGCAGGGCAAUCAGUCGCAUCUGGCCACACAACAGUAGCGCAACAUCAAGCGACGAGGGAUGAUUCCGACGUUGACGAAGAUUGGACCCGAGCACUAGAUGAAGCCCAGCUAGCUCAGUCGCAGUCCUCCGGCAAUCAGCAUGGGGUACCAGUUGAAGACAUCGAGGGAAUGCUGACCGAAUUCAUCGUUCACCACCCGCCACCAGAGACCUCCAACCUCGGAAGCGAGAAGCAUGGUCUGCCAAUGCCAGUCAUACUCCCGCAACGUCGCCCCGAGUCUCGACACCGCGGUUUCGUGCGAGCUUACGCCCCGGUCCUACAAGAAUGCGGCAUAGAUCAAGCCGCCUGGCUGGAGUUCCUCGACGGUUUCGAGAACAGUAUCAAAGGAAGCCCGUGGUUCGGGGUCGUGAACGCUGGCGUCAUGGGUGCAGAUCUCGCUCACACAAUCGUGGGCGGGUUCGCACCCAUCACAAUGCUGGUAACGCUCUCAGUGCAAACGGGGCUUGAGGCGUCGCGCAGGGGCUACGUGAACUACAAACAAAACAACUACCUCGAAGUCAUGAACGAAAACUUUUUCAAACCUCGAGGCUUGUAUGCCCUUGUUGUAAAGUACAAGCCGUCUAGCAGCGAAGUCGUGGAGAACAUCGAUCUGGAUCACAAUAUCACCCAGGCCGUAGAAGGCAGCGAGAAACAGAGCAAGUGGAAGAAGCUACUGCACUCGGGUUCGAGUACAACAAAGAGCGAGGCCGAGAUCCCCGAGCCAGCGCCGCUCGUCUUUCCUCAACUCGACAAGAUGGAUGAAGGGCAAAAGCAAAACAUGGUGAAGAAGUUCGGAGACUCCAUCUCGAAGUACUACGAUCGAAAGGCGACAGACAGAUUCAGGAAAGAACAUCCUGAUUCAAAGCUCAUGCAAGAGGAUUCAUCUGAAGAAGAAGGUCUAGAGGCUUCGAGUUCGACGGAGGGACACAAGGGCCCCAUUCGACGUCUGAAGCAGAGACGCCAGGAACGCUUCGAGGCGUCAGGCAGAGAGCGGAAAUUUGGAAAGGAAGCUCGCGAGAAGCGGAAGAGAAACCGGCCGCUGAAGAAGUUGAUGCGGCAAGAUGCUCUGUACCUGAUGGUCGUCAACCUCCCAACUUCGGAUGAGAUGGAUGCGGUCCUUGCUCAAGUCGAAGGACAGUGA